AUGUCGAAAAGAAAUCAGCCAAGCUGGAAGCCGCCAGCGCGACAGGAUAGAAACCCUGUUUUAAAACUAUAUAAUAGUCUUACACGGCAAAAGGAAGAAUUCAUUUGCUCGAAUGGAAACCGCAUCAAUUGGUACAGCUGUGGCCCUACAGUUUAUGAUGCCUCUCAUAUGGGUCAUGCGAGAUCAUAUAUAUCAUUUGAUAUUUUAAGACGGGUGCUAUGUAACUAUUUUGGUUAUGACAUACUAUUUGUAAUGAACAUUACAGAUAUAGAUGAUAAAAUUAUUAAAAGAGCUAGACAAAAUUAUUUAUAUGAAAAAUACAUUGAAGAGGAUAGAAGUUUAGGUAAUUUGUUGAAUGAUGCUACAACAGUUUUAUCUUACUAUGAAGAAGUUGUAAAUAAUACAGCUGAUCAAGAUAAAAGGAGUAGUUUACAAAAGCUUUUAGAAAAUGUUGCUAAGGCAAUAAAUGAAUUGAAACUUGCAGUUGAAUCUAAAAAUGAAGAAAAAAUAUCUAUAGCUAAGAAUGAAAUGUUAAAAUCAGCUAAAGAUCCUUUCUCUGAAUGGUUGGAUGGUAAAUAUGGUGCUGAAGUUAAGGACAAUGCAAUAUUUGCUAAAUUGGCAAGAUAUUGGGAAAACGAGUUCCAUAAAGAUAUGAAGGCACUUAAUGUAUUGCCUCCUGAUAUAUUGACAAGAGUUAGUGAAUAUGUACCACAAAUUGUUACAUUUAUACAAAAAAUAAUUGAUAAUGGUUUAGCAUAUGAAUCUAAUGGUUCAGUAUAUUUUAACGUCAGUGCCUUUGAUAGCAAUGACAAGCAUCAUUAUGCACGGCUCGUCCCAGAGGCAUAUGGGGAUACUAAGAGUUUACAGGAAGGAGAAGGUGACUUGAUGGAUGAGAAUGCUGAGAAAAAAAAUGCAAAUGACUUUGCGUUGUGGAAGCGUAGUAAGACCGGUGAACCUUCAUGGGAUUCCCCUUGGGGAAAAGGUCGACCAGGUUGGCAUAUUGAAUGCUCAGCCAUGGCUGGUGACGUUUGUGGGUCCAAUUUAGAUAUACACACUGGGGGUGUGGAUUUGAAAUUCCCACAUCAUGAUAAUGAGCUGGCUCAGAGCGAGGCACACUUUGAUAAACCAGGUUGGGUCAACUAUUUCCUUCACACGGGUCAUUUAACCAUAGCUGGGUGUAAAAUGUCGAAAUCGUUCAAAAACUUCGUCACAAUAUCAGAUGCGUUACAACGCCACACAUCUAGACAAUUGCGAAUCGCCUUUCUGUUGCACGGGUGGAAGGAUACCCUGGAUUACUCUGAUAACACCAUGGAAAUGGCUAUCCAAACGGAAAAGUUGUUUAAUGAAUUUUUCUUGACAGUAAAAGACGCUUUGCGCAGUGGUUACGAUGAUGGCUGUGGAGGCUGCUGGGACGAGUUUGAGCAGCAGCUUUCCAACAAGCUCACUUCGGUUAAAGCACAAGUCCACGCCGCUUUUGUGCUACACGUUCUUGCCACAGAUAACAUAGAUACCCGCAGCGCAGUAGACGCGUUACGGGAACUAGUUGGGGCGUGUCACGUGUACUUGAGACAGACGACUCCGAGGCCGUCGCCCCUUCUCGCCUCCGCCGCGAGAUAUGUCACAGACAUAUUGCAUACAUUCGGGGCCAUUGAAGGGCCUAGGGGUCUCAUUGGGUUCCCUGUGGGAGAUGCUAAUAAUGCCGGCGUGGAGGAAGCAGUGAUGUCCUACCUAGAAGCUCUAAGCACGUUCCGCGGCAACGUACGCGACGCAGCCCGUACGGCCGGCGCGACGGACGUACUCGCACUCUGCGACGCACUCAGAGAUGUUGUAUUACCAGAAUUGGGAGUGCGGCUUGAAGAUAAACCAGGUUAG